AUGGGAGAACAGAUCUUGAGACGACCGAAGAAGCUUAUUGUAUGCUGCGAUGGCACCUGGAUGGAUAGUGACAAUGGCCUGAACAACGAAGGCACUUGGUUCCACCCGAGCUGGGAGCUCCAAACUCCCAGCAACGUGACGCGCAUCGGACGCGCCAUCCUGGCCGAAGACUCGCAGCACCACCCGCAGGUAGUAUAUUAUCAAGCGGGAGUGGGUACGGGCUUCAGCUGGACUGAGCAGAUUGUCGGCGGCGGCACUGGUGAAGGGCUCGCGGAGAACAUCCGCGAAGCGUACAGUUUCCUCGCCAACAACUACUCGGAAGGCGACUCUAUCUUCCUUAUUGGUUUCUCGAGAGGCGCGUUCACGGCACGCAGCAUCUCGGGCCUUAUCGGCGGUGUGGGCUUAUUGGAGAAGCAUGCACUGCCUGUAUUUUAUGACGUCUUUAAGGAUUGGGAGCAUACUGGCGCGAAGGACUACCACAUAAGGGUCAAGAAAGACUAUCCGAGGUUCAGUAUUAAAGCUUCUGCAGACGACCCGCAGGAGUACUUGAAGCAGUACAAGGAUGAGCUUAAGAAGCAUGGCCUAACUCGCGAAGUGGAAAUUACCGCUGUAGGUGUUUGGGACACCGUAGGUGCCCUCGGUAUACCUACACCCGAGAUCCUGCAGAAGAUUGGUUUCCCGGCCUUUUUACAUGAAUACCGCUUUUUCGACACUGACAUUGACAACCACAUCCUGCACGCCUUCCAAGCACUCGCGCUCGACGAAAAGCGCUCAAGUUACAGCCCUGCAAUUUGGGAGCGGCCAACAGGCUGCAACACGAAGCUGAAGCAGGUGUGGUUCCCGGGCGUUCACUCGAACAUCGGGGGCUCCUAUGCGGACUCGGGGCUCGCGGACAUUACCCUAGCGUGGAUGAUGAGCCAGCUAGAGCCGUGGCUCGAGUUCGACGAGCAGUACCUGGUGGAGCAAUGGACGUUGAACAGCGAGUACCACCAGGAGGAGCGGCACAAGAGCCUGUACCAUCCGCACAGAAUACACCCGGAACACACGCCGCUGCUACACUCGCGGCAUAACACGCUGCAGGUGACGAGCGGGGACAUUGUUGCCGCGCCGAAAGGAGACAAGUACAGCAACGACAAUGACAUGUCGCUGUUCCCAGACGCGUCCUCUUCCGACGAAGAAGCAAACGUCCAUCUCGCGGAGUCUGUGGGCCCCACGGCUCCGUCGUCACACCCAGGCUGGGCGCUCACCAAGAUCUACAACAGCAACAAGUUCCCCACGAGCCUGGGGGGCACGACUCCCCGUACGCCGGGCCGCUACACCAAGACGGACUACUACUCGAACAAGAGGCUCACGGAGCCGAUGCGCGAGACGGGAGAGCACGUGCACGCGAGUGUGCGGGUGCGCAAGGAUGCCCUUGACAAGAAGUACGAUCCAGCGGGGAUGCGGGGGUGGGUGUGGGAAGAGGACGCGGUCACGCGCGGGCGCUGGGUGUAUCGGGGCGAGGAUGUGAAGUGGCAGGGGAAGAAGCUGCCGGAGGAUGAGCUGGGAAGGCUGGAGAUUAAGCUGUUGAAGUUGGAUCAGAGAAUGAGGGCUAGAGUGGCGAGCGAGGAGUUGAGGAUGAUGAAGAGGGCGACGUUGGCGAAGGUGGAGGGGGGAAAGAAGAGCCGUAAGAAAGAGGGGGGUAGGACUAAGACGUUUUAG